AUGAACUAUGUUACAAAUGAAAUACUACAUACAGAUUUCGAAUUAACUAUGGUUUCGUUGAAAAUAGCAACGACUCUUGUGUUCCUUCUACUUUUAACAGUAGGUCAAACAUCAGCUGAUUCAUUGUGCAAGUGGUAUGGUAUUGGUCCAUUUUGCUUUCUUGGUAACACAUGUCCUGAUGGAUGCGCCAUGGUGGCAGAAAGCAACAAAGGUGAUGGUAUGACAUGUUGGUUUUCGCAAAAAAAAUAUUGUUGCUGCAUAUCAUUUGGUCGAUAA